UAAUUUUAAAGCCAGAGAGGGAAGGAAGCAUGACAGCAAAGUUUCCGCCUCAGCAAACACUGCAGGGGGAAAAGGGCCUGUCUUGGAAAAAGCUUAGUGUUUGUCCGUCUGCGGGAGUGCGAGUGGAAUCGAACACCAGCUUAUGGUGGAAUAAUGGCACAAAAUGAAACACAUCCCAUUUUGGAAAUACUGCAAUCAUUUAAUCUUGGCGAUAUGAUUCUGGCAUUUUGUCUGUCUGUGCUGGUUGGCCUGGUGCUGGGCGCUUUGAUCUACGUUCUGCUGACCUGGGCGUCGAGGCGCCGGGCCACGGCCAGGAUCACCAGGCGCUCCAAAAAGAAAUCUGGCAUUUCACAAGCCCGUGACCCUACAGGCAGCCAGAUGGGCCUCUACAGAAGCACUUUCCUGAGCGUCUACAGGCAACCUUCCCUCGAGCCGGUGGGGCCUCUGGGGAGCAAACCGGGAGCAGAGACCUCCACCUUUCGGCCUCUGGUCAAGAAGAGCAGGCCCAGUCUGGACAUGGGAGAAGACACACAGGUGACCGAGGACACGGCGGCUUCGUCUGAUUCAACCUCUCUGGUGCCAAACAAGAGGCACUCAUUCUGGCUGGGCAGCAAUGGACUGAAAGGAUUCCUGCCCUCUCAGACGCCCCCUCCGGCGUACGACAGUGUCAUCCACGCCUUUGAGGAGACGUGCACUUGAAAGUGUCACCAAGAACUGAGACUGAGCAGAAAAUGCAGGCUUUAAAGUGGACUUCCUGGCUUUGUGCUGGCCUUUAAAGGGGCGGCUAUCUCUGCUUGCUGAGAGAUCAAACCCUCUCUAGCAUUUGAAGCAGUGUGUCCGCAAACUGAAAGAGAUGCUUCCACAGAAAGGAAGCAUCAUCUGAGCUUUAUAUUAAGAUUGCAGUUUCCAUAUUUGAUGCAUUUGCACAUUAUUUUCUUGACUAAUUGCUGAGUUGUUUUCUUGACGCAAAAUGUCACAAAAAUAACAGUUUUUGAGAGGUAACAGCAAUUUUUGUGUUUUUGUCCCCAGACAAAACCACAAAACAUUACAUCAGAUUUAGCUAAAUCCUCAUGUUGGCAUUUUGACCCCUAGUUAAAUCUUUUGCCGUUGUGUAUUUUUAUGUAACAAGGUCUAUUUGGCCAAUAAAUUCCAAAAUGAAGGGAACUAAAGGUAUAACACAAAAUUGGUUGACAAUUUAUACUAUAUGCUUUUGACCCCAGAGGACAAAAGGUGUAUGGCCAACUGGGAGGACAUUAUGAGGGUUAAUUGACCAAAUAUGGGAACACAGACUUCGAUUACAGUCUUUUCUUUGCCUUAAAAACAAUACACACAAGUAUUUUUUGUGUUAAAGAUCCAGAAGGAAAAUGAGAGUGUAGCUACUAUGUGCAACUAUAGAAAUGUGCAACAAAAAAACGCAUGUUUAAAGUGAAGAGAGUGGGAGUUUAGUGCAAGAUACAGUUAUUAACAAUAAAUAGAGUUAUUGUUGAGGUAGCUGGAUGAUAAAGCAAUGCAACAAUGGGAGAGUGGUGAUGCAGGGAUGAAAUGUAAACUUGAUUGUGAUAUAUACAGUAUGUACAGCAUGUCCAGUGAUUCAGGGUUGAAUAAUAUGUUCCUGACUGGUUUAAAUAUUCAUCAGAGUGAAAAAAAAAGCAUUUACAGUAAUGAAACACUAAAGUGUCAGUUUCCUCCCAUGCAACAUUUUACCCAUUAAAAAAAAAUAUUUUCUGCAGUCAGGUGUAUAUUUAUACUCCAGUCCAUGCCUUUUCUGUGUCACCUCUUGCAGGAAAUGUUUUUAUCAACAGCACAAAUUUCAGUCACUGUGCAGGUGACAGUUAAAAAUGUAUUUGAAUAUAAUGCAGUGUUGCUCUGUUGUUGUUCUGCACUGAAAAUAAAAUCCACAUUCCCGUACAUUCCCACUAAAGUCUGCACCUAUGAUUGCAGAACAACUCAUAAUCCAAGUUCUGUAUUCCCAAAACAGAGACAGUGCUGGCAGAGACAGCGUCUUCAGAUGAGGGGAACACUGUGUACUGGAUAGGUGGAUAAACAUAAUAAAGAAUAUGGUGAUUUGCGUGAGAAUGCUUGUGAUUUCAGCAAAAAAUAAAACACCCAAUGGAAA